AUGGUUCGCACUACCGUUAGCCCUUUAAACAUUACCACUUGUUUCUCUGAGCCACUACUCAGCCAGGAGAUUUGGUCUACCACCAGAGAGCAACCAUAUCCACAUCCAGGAGAAAAUGUUCGCUUACACUACGACCGGGCGCGGUCAUUGUGCAAGGCAGCGGGUCUCAGUAUAGCCGAUAUCCGUGAUCUAAGUCCAAGGUUUUGGCAGUUCCAUUUUGAUCGUAAGGACAAACCUCCCCGUAACAGCCAGCAACUAAUGGUCACAGUUAUCUCCGCCCGAGACAUGACAGCCUUCAUUAUAGCUACGAUUCAUUUAAACCUCUGCAUCGGUACAAUUGCUUCUUUCGCGGCGGGUCGCCCAGACCUGUCAGCUUUGCUCGAUGAUCUAUUGUGCUUUAAGACCUGUGGCGAGUUUAUGCUAACAGAACUUGGGCAUGGGUUGGACGCCCGUAAUCUCGAGACUACAGCAACUCUGUUGCCAAAUGGCUGCUUUGAUCUGGACAGCCCGGGGGAGUCUGCUUGGAAGGCGAUGCCACCGACAACUCCCCAGUGCGGUAUGCCGCGUGUGGCUGUGGUCUUCGCUCGACUUAUCGUUGACUCGAAUGACCGUGGCAUCAAACCGUUCAUUGUGAAACUUUGCAGUGCACAACAUAUGUGUCAAGGUAUAACAUCCCGCGUUUUGCCUACCCGACUGGGCACAAAACCACUCGAUCAUGCGAUCACGAGUUUUCAUCACGUACUGCUACCCCCGGGCGCACUUCUUGGGUCCACAUGCAAGCCAGACGACGCUCGCCUUGACUUCUCAAGUCAAAUCUGGCGAGUCUCAGUUGGAACCCUGUCACUUUCCAUUAUGGGGGUGUCUGCUAUCAAUCUGGCAAGCAACAUUGCCCUGACAUACAGCCGGCGUCGAGUCACAAGCGCCGGUUCGAGCGGAGAGCGGAUACCCAUUCUCCAAUUCAGCACCCAGAAACGCCCAAUUGUGAAGGGACUUGUGAGCUCUAUAAUCUUAAAAGCUUUUGCAAACUGGACAAUUGAUCAGUUCAUGAGUCCAACCUUAGUUGGUGACGUUCGACGCGCUAUAGCGACCGUAUUUAAGGCCACUGUAAUGAAGCAAGCAAGAGUUUUGACAGAGUUGUCUGAGCGCUGUGGGUGGCAAGGAUUGUACGCCUUCAAUCAGAUCAGCGAGCUUUUGUCGACAUUUCUUGGCAAUACUGUUGCCGAGGGCGACACUUUGGUAUUGUGCAUACGUUUGGCAUCGGAGCUUCUCGGUAACAAAUACACGCUGCCUGAGCCACGGGACCCAACGAUGCCUCUGGCCGUUUUGGAAAAAGGUUUGUUUGAAGAAGCCAGGCGUCGAGUACAGGCUCUAGGUGGAUACGAAGAGCACCGGAAGACAAGCUUCGACAAGCACAUACUGCCCCGAAGUAGGGCACUCAUAGAAGCCGUAGGUAGCAGAAUGGCGUAUGAGGCGGCACGGGAUGAUGGAACACAUCCGGCAGUGCUUCGUCUGUACGAGUGCGAGAGUAUGGGGGCAGACCUAAGUUGGUUUACCGAACAUACUUCCAUGUCUAGGGGCUCUUUUUUCGACUCGAUCAGCGCGGCGUAUGAAGAUGCCUUCCCCGUUGUGCAGACAGCGGCAGACUUCGAUAAUGUGGACAAAUACAUCACCGCGCCGAUAAGGUCCGAAGAAUCAUGGAGCGAAUUUAUGGGAACACUACAUUCAUUCGAACCCACUCUUUGUCAUACCGCUUUAACGUUAUCAAGCAAGCUCUAG